GGAAGGGGCAUCACUCACACGGAGCGCACAGGGCAAAGGGCAGGAGAGCCGCACACUGGAACUUGCACUUGGAGCCCCCCAAUAACCUGGGAUAGGGGAGCUGCCUGGGAUCCCCUUUAUUGCCUUCUCUCUCUCUCCCUUGGACUGUUCCUAAAGGAACCCCCCCCCCCCUUCCUCGGAUCUUUAGGGCUGGAAUUAGCUUCAACUGUAACCCCCGGGCGGCAUACGUACAGGAGAACCGGCUGAGGCGCAGCGGAGAAGAGACCGCAUCCGUCCUGCUACCUGGGAGGAGAGAGGCCAGAUCCCCAGCUAUGGAUAUGAGGGGCCCUAUUUUAACCAUUUCCCUGCUGCUGAUCUCCAAGAUAGCGGCCGAAGAUGUCUGCGAGAGUGGCCUCUUCACAAACAGUGGCAAAUGCUGUUCCUUGUGCCCGCCGGGAUUUGGGGUGACGGUGCCAUGUGGAGUUUCAGAUACCAAGUGUGAACCCUGCACAGAGAACUCUACUUUCUCUGACGUCAGAAGCGCCACGGCAAAGUGCCAGCCAUGUUCCACCUGCCACGGUCCAUCUGCGACAAUAGAAUCGACCUGUACCCGCGAACAGGAUACCGUAUGUCGGUGUCCAGAAGGGCACUAUCUGGACAGCUACGGCAUUUGUUUCCCAUGCCAGGUGUGCUCUAGGGGACAUGGAGUUGUUGCACUCUGCACUCAAACUAAAAACACUGUGUGCCAGUUGUGCCCAAGUGGCUUCUACUCAGAGGUGAAGAGUAGUGAAUCCCCUUGCCUGCCCUGCCGGACAGAAUGCAAAGAGACCGAGGUGAAGAUAGGAGAUUGUGUGCCACUACAUGACAUUCUGUGCAUGGAUAAAGACGUUCCCCUCCUGAAACGCACUGAAGGGGAUUCACGUGGCGAGAAUGGAACCUCCCCUGGGUCCCACCACUUCAUCCCACAGGAAGACAACAGUAAAAACAUAAUCCCUGUGUAUUGCUCCAUCUUGGCUGCUGUGGUGGUUGGGCUCAUUGGUUACGUGGCGUUUAAGUGCUAUACUACCUGCAAACAGAAGAAGCAAUUGGCCAAAGCCAGAGCUGGAGAAUUGGCUACAUCCGGUGAGGGAGAAAAGUUGCACAGUGAUAGCGGCGUCUUCCUUGACACACACAGUCUGCAGGAACAGAAUCAGCUGAGCAAAGCCAAGACUGAACCCAAGCUCUACAUUAAUUUGCCACCUCACAAGCAGAGUGAAGUGGAGCGCCUGUUGGCGGACACCAGCCUUGGGAAAGAUUGGCAGCGCCUCGCCAGCCUCUUGGGAUACGAGGAGGAAACCAUUGACACAUUCGGGCGAGGAGUGGAUCCAGUACAUACUCUUCUCACUGACUGGUCUUCCAAAGAGAGCUCGACCCUGGAGGUCCUAUGUGCUGCCUUGGUCAACAUGGAACGGGCAGAUGUGGUGGAAAAUCUGAACAGCACAAACGAUGGCAGCUCUGUGGUGUAACCUUGGCCCUUUCUUCCCAGAGCAAACCCAGUUCUAUCUUUAUUAAUUGUAUAAACCUCGUUUCAAGAGAACUUUUUUUUUAUACAAAGAAACUGAUAAAGUGUCAAGGAAAUGAUUUGGUUGAUAUGUCAACAAGUGACCAGUAAUGACUGUGACUCACAAAAGAGAGAGAUGCUGGCGUCUCUUAGUUGAACAUAGGAAUUCUGCAACACCAGCUCAGUAUGGCUUCUAUGGGUCAGUAGAAGCACUUCUCCUCAGGAUGGUCGGUGCCUUUCUCUUGUUGGCCAACAAAACUAACGGAUACACGUUCUCCAACGUACGACCUGCACCCUCAAGCCAGAAAUUGUAAAUAUUGUGUAAGCCUAAUUAAGGUGUUCUAAAACACCCAAAGAAACUGAGAAUUUACAAGGAUUUUAUCAUUUUGAAGACCUUGCUCACAGACCUUCUUCUCUGUUUGUAGGACCCAACUUCAGUAACAUGGUGCUUUACCAGUCUUCCCCCUGGCAAGGUGGCAAGGGGAAGCAAGUAUGUAGAAAGUGGAAAAAACAAAAACAUUUGUUUAUUUUUCUUAUUCUGCAACAAAAGCAGAUGAUAAAUCAUAAACUGAUUUAUAUAUAUACAUAUUUUCUUUCCAAGAUUCAUGUCUGACCAAAGAUAGGUCAACUUUUCUGUUAAUACCAAAUACGAUCAUAGGCUCAACUCUUCCUUCUGUCGAGUCAGCUCCUGAUCGCUGCAUUACAAAAAGGCCUUGGCAUUGUAUCAAAGUGUUUUAGGGAGACUCGUCUUCCCUGUCAUUAUUUAUAUCAGAGCAAUAUGGGACUCGCCAAUCUAUACCUGAAUCAUAGGUAAACAUGAAUGGAUGUUCUUCUGUAUCUUCUUCAAUGUUCUUUGGCCCCCAGGACCCCCUAUGUCGGUGUCUUAUUCCUUCAUAUUUCUUUUAUCCAAUACACAAGAGAAUGAUUUCCACUAAUAUUUUCCCUCAUCUGAAAUGUUUUUUUCUUGCCUUUCUACGUGUUUUUUUCCCAGUUCAUUCGAGCUGUGCCUUUGGAGAGAUUAUUUAAGAGUUUGCCUGAUGAAGUUGGAAACAACAACAAACACAAUCUGAAUUGAUUUGUAUGGAUAUUUUAAUAUAACAGAAUUUAUUCCUGCUUCAGUAUGCAGCCCCCGCCCCCCCUAAAAGCCAAACCAAGGGAGAUCGUGCUCAAGGACUUCUUUUUUAUUGUGUGCCUUCUAAACAGUUAUGAAAUGUAAACUCCCUAAAACACUAAAAAAAAAAUUUUUUUGUAAGUUGAAAAAGAUCGUAAUUAUUAUUUUUUAAUUUCCUAAAUAAAGCUCACUGCUGCUUGAACGUGGUUUUGCU